AUGGAGGAAUUUUCGAAUAAUGGAGGGGCCCCUGAUAUCGGUGAUACCCUAACCGAGCUGAGCGCCCUUACCCUGUCGUCACGGGAUUAUGACAAUUCGCAGAGCGGGAAUUCUACGGGAACAAGUGGCGCUCAAAGAAAUAAUGAUCAUAAGAGCCGGGAUAUCUAUGAGUCGAACGAGGACGUGCUGUUUGUCGGUACCAAUAUACGCGUGAAGACAGAUCGCGACGAACAGCGCUGCAACAAAUACGACACAGGCUAUCAAACAUCGGAUCCCGCACACACUGAUGCAUUGCCUCUACCGUACCGCAAUGAUACGAUCUAUGAUAAUUACAACAAUUCAAACGGGACACUAGACUGCAAUAACGCAGGCGGGGAUCCUGCGGUUGGCAAUAUGUAUACGCAUAGCAUGGAUAGUACUGCAGCAGGAGACUCUGGUAACGCGGAUGGGGAUGAAAUCACUACGGUAUUAAAGAUGCCGUGUUAUUCCGAGGAGAAGCCACAAACGGGUUUCUUACUUAAUUUUUUUCGACGGAAAGGGGCAAAGGCCACCUUAAAGUCAAUUGUCAAGGGCAAGCCUGUCUACAACAAAGUUAUUGAUCUGGAUGCGGAUUCCACCACACCGUGUGAGUAUGAAGACGUCAACGAUGCGCUGAGACAGAUCGUUAGCACCAGGUCGGCCGGGAGAGCGGAGUCGGUUAGCGGAUCCGUAUCCAACGGCUCCUCCACGUCGAACCGGAGAAGGAGGUAUCACCACAACGAUCAUCACCAUAGGCACGACCAUGUUUCCCACAGGCCAUAUCCGUACCAGCCCGUUGUAAGCGUGGCGCGGAUGGAGCCUGCCCAGAUGGGUCGGUUUGAUUUCUACGGCCCGGGAGUGACGCACAAGACCGAUUCUGCCGAGUAUCAGCCGAUGACUCCCGACCUUUUCAACGGGUGGGUACGCGCAUUUUUCAACGUCGCAGUAACGACGGUGCUUCUGUACUUGGGGUUGGUGUUUAUACUUGCAAUAAGCCGUGACAUUGGCAAUGGUUUGGAAAAGAGACGGCAAAUGGUCAAGGCGGAAGCUAUGUUGUGCCAGGAGCUCUACAGGAAGAACAAGUGCAGAACUGUUAAUGUCCCAGCUUUGGAACAGCAGUGUCGAGACUGGGAGGCGUGUAUGUACAAGGACGCCAUUCUCUACGACGACACCUCGUUCUUGUCUGCCGAGGUCCUAGGUGGAGUAAUCAACAAAUUUGUAUCGCAACUGGAUGUACGCACAGUCGGCAUAGUGAUCGCAGCGUUUUUGGCGCUUUUUGUUGGCAGCAAUUGCGCCCUCUCAAUGUCUGGUUCCCCAAGGCAGUCGAGACCCGGAUGGUUCAGGAGGUUGUUCAGCAGAAAUAGACAGCCUCAAGAUGGUUCUGACAUCCUUCAAGGAAAUGGGUUCGCAACCAACCCCCAGGUCAUGCAUGUUAUGCAUAACCCCUAUCUACAGCCAAACUACUGUCUCAUGGGAAACUACCCGUAUGUUGACAACAGGUACCACUCGCCUACGCCACCAUCGACGUCUCUAAACUACUACAACGACAAGCCAGACGACGAAGCGUCGUGGUCAACAAAGUCUGGGCCAACAACAGCGUGGAAACGCCGUUUCACGUCAACCUGGGUUGACCAGAAUUAG